AUUAUCCAGUUGGUUGUAAACUGCAUGGCAGACCGUUAUUUCAGGUUACAUGCAAGUUGGUUAGCCUCCAUUCCCAGAUCAUCAGCCUCAAAAUUUUCCAUGAAUAGCAAUACCAAAAUCCCACCACCCAAAAAUUCCUCCCAAAAGAACCUUCAACUUUUGACCCCCCGAAACCAACCAUUUCUCCUCCCUUUUUCCCCUCUUCUUCUUCCUCCUUUCAGAAACACCACGUUACCAUUAGAGAAAAAAAGAUCAUGAUCAUCUAAAUCAUGAUCAUGAUCUUCUUUCUCUUCAAUAUCCUCAACAACCCAUUUCCCGAACCAGUAUAACAAUCCCAAAUCCCAACAAAAAAGAGCCCGAAAAAAUGGCGAAACGUACUUUCAGUCGUUUCGUCGAACAGGAGGUGGGCAAGUUCCCCCACUUCCUGCUCUACGCCGUUCUGGAAUGGAUACUCAUAAUCCUCCUCUUCAUCGACGGAUUUCUAGCGUUCAUUGCCAACGAGUUCGCCAGAUUCUUCGGCCUACAGACCCCGUGCCUGUUCUGUACCAGAAUCGACCACGUCCUUGUGCACCGCAGCCGAGACUUCUACUUCAACGACUCGGUCUGCGAGGCCCACAAGAAGGAGGUCUCGUCGCUGGCAUUCUGCCACAACCACAAGAAGAUCGCCGACAUAAGAAGGAUGUGCGAGGUCUGUCUCCUCUCCUUCGCCGCCGACAAGGCCGACUCCGAAUGCGACACCUACAAGUCCCUCGUCGGGAUUCUGCAGAAGGACCUGGAGGAGAACGAUGAUCAUGAUGAUAAUCAUGACGUUAUUCGCCACAGGAUUCAGCUCGGUUUGGGUUUCGAGGAAAUUAAGGCCGGUGGUCUGCGGUGUUCGUGCUGCGGGGAGGCGCUGAAGACGAAGAAGGCGGCGGCGUUGAAUAACAAUAAUAUUGGCAAGGGAAGACAAUAUUACGGCGGCUCUCUGUUGUUCUCGCAGGCUCCGGCGCCGUCGCCUCGGGCGAUGUUCUCGAGGCUCAGAAGUAGUGGUGAGCGUAAGCUUAUGCCCGAGAAUGAGGCUGAGCUUCUUCCUGAGUUUGAGAAUGGUUCGUCGCAGGCUGUUACUUCUGAGAAGUUGAGGGAAGAUGUCAAAGCUGCUAUGGUGCCAUUACUAACUGAAGCUGAUGAAUUGAACGAUGAAGCAAACAAGACCCCAAGUUUCGUUAGAGGAAACAAGUUUUUCGGAAUCCCACUCACAGAUUCAGCUUCAAACAGUCCAAGGCUUGGCAUGAGGGUCUCAAGGAAAUCGCCACUAGAGAAGACAGAGUUUGCCUCAGAGUCCAUGGAAGGGAUUAAUGUUCAAACGAGUACAAACGACACAGAUACAGACUCCAUUUUGCAUGGCUUGAAGAGGCAAGUCCGGUUCGACAGGAAGUCACUGAUGGCCUUGUACAUGGAGCUCGACGAGGAGAGGAGUGCGUCAGCGGUGGCUGCAAACAACGCAAUGGCCAUGAUAACGCGGUUGCAGGCGGAUAAAGCAGCCGUUCAAAUGGAGGCUUUGCAGUACCAGAGAAUGAUGGAAGAACAGUUAGAGUAUGACCAAGAGGCUCUACAAGAAACAAACGAAUUGCUCAUGAAGAGAGAGGAGGAUAUCAAGGCUUUAGAGGCGGAGCUUGAGGCUUAUAGAGAGAAAUACGGGUGCUUGAAGGAAGAGGGCUUCACUGCAUACCAAGAGGAGAAUGGUGAUAAUGAUGACCGAGAGCCUAAAACACAUUCAUACUACUCAUCUGAGAGCGGAAGAACUGAAAUAGGCAGCUCCCCUUUGAGCUUCGACGAAGGAGAGGCUAACGGGGAAAUCGAGCACAAUUUUGACGAGUCUGUUCCACCACCAUUGGAGAAUGAAGAAGAGGAAAUCAGUGGUGAAUCUUUGAAAGAUUUUAAAGAGGAGAAAACCAAUUUUCUUGGCAGGAAAAAGCUGGACAAGAAAGAUAACGUAUGUGAAAAUGGCAUAGACAACGAGACAGGUAACAAACAUGGACACACAUUUACAGACAUGCAACAUACAUAAAAUUACUGAAUUUUGUUUGUGGUUGAUUUCUAUAGCGGAAAUGGCAUAUAAAAGCGAUAAAUUCCAAAAUUCUAAUAUAUCUGUCAAAUGAUGCUGACAGAAACUAG